AUGCUUUACCGAUUAUGGAUAGUGCUAUCUGCUCUAAUAGCAUCUGCAUUGGCCGUGGACGUCACGCAAAACACCGUUGUUCGAGGCCAAAUCACAGUCGAACUUUCCGGAGCCAAUGUGUUCCCGGGAGUCUACUUGUCAAUCGUCGAUAACUACCUUUUGAAUUGCGUCGGGAACGUCAAGGUGGGUGUAGGUGGUGGAUUAUACAUCUCCAGUAACUCAAAUAUGUUCGCAUUGAGAGUCACAUUCCUCGGUGGAAUAUUCUCGAUCGAGAAUGACGGUAUCAUAUCCUUAAAUGCAAUGAGAUCGAUGGUUUCUCCAAGCUAUGCCUUGCUUGCGAGUUCAUUCGUCAACAAUGGCGAGUUUUACAUGGCGGGAGAUGAUACUUUAGGUGUGCCAGUUUACGAGCUUCAGUCGCUCACUUGGGCAAACAACGGGCUAGUGGUGAUUUCUCAAAAAGAUCCGCUGGAGGCUUUGGCUUCCUUGGGUGCCACUGGAACCACAAUCAAUAACGCUGGAACGGUUUGUAUUCGAAACGUUUAUUAUAGACAGACCACGGGUAUCAUGGGCAGUGGUUGCUUCGUGUUGCAAGAAGCAGGCAUUUUUCAAGUACCCAAUGCCUUAUUGGUAUUCGGCCGGGGCCAGUCCAUAUUCAUGGAGGACGAACAAUCUCAAAUUAUUGUUCAGGCAUUGUCCACCGCGCAGACGUUUAGAGUGUACAAUUUCGGAAAUAACAAUAGAAUCGCCUUGACGGCUUAUUUGUUGCCUACACUUGUUUUCCCGGCCUGGACUUAUGAAGCAUCCACAGGGAUCUUGACUCUCAGAUCAAUGGCCUUGCUGCAGAGAUUCAUCAUUGGACUGGGCUACAAUCCAUCUUUAUUUGUCGCAGACACACACGGGAUACGGUACACGGGAAGACCACCAAGCUCAACCAGACCCGCUGCUUGCCGGCCCUGUAAGGAGGUACCAGACGGACCAGGACUGCAACCCACCGAGUAUGAAACUUCAGUCGUUGUCACCAAUACCCGGUCGCGCACCUACACGAGAUCGGCAGUUGUCAAAAUCACCACUGACGAGAAUGUCAAGUGGUAUACAACUACUUCCUAUUAUCCAUGGACUUCAACAGAGCAAGUAACCACCUAUGUCACUCAAUAUCCCACCACCGAUUCCGCAGGGGUUUUGCUCACAGAGAGUGCAUUGGUUGCUGUCCAAGAAUCAGAAGACGAGCUUUAUACGUCUUCAUCCCUCUACCCUCGACAUUACGCAACGAGAUACACCACUACAAAUAGCAUUGGUGAGAAUGUCCAGGUCUUGGUGACCCCGAACCAAAACAAUGUGUGGACUACCUCGUUGUCGACCAUCCCCCAGUAUUUUACCGAGUACACAUCUACCAUGCAGGUGAUGAGCAACGGCGUAACGUCACCAGACGCGGUCCAUGUCAUUGUCACCACAAAUGAGGAAGGACGGUGGACAACGAUUGUGAGCGAUAUUCCAGAAGACUUUUUGUUGUACACAACUGUCUAUUUCACACGUAUCGAUGGAAAUCCCACCUUGGUUUCCAGGGAAGUGAUGGUGACCACGGAUUCAAAUGGCCAUUGGUAUACUACCACGCAACCUCUUAGUCCCUCUUUUACAGAAGCCACGCUUCAAGUAACCUCAGUUCUGAACGGAAUGAUGGUAGUGCAGACUGUGGUUCAAGUUGUGACCACUAACGAGGCCGGCGAGUGGACAACUUUCAGGAGGUCGAUUGCCGCACAAGCCACCAGCUACAGAACAACAUACUUGACGACUGAUGAUCAAGCGAAUUUGGAAACUGCCAUUGCUCAAAUUUUUAUUUCCACCGAUGAGAACGGCGUAUGGCACACUUCCCUGUUUAUAGAACAGUUCACUACUUACACGACGACUUUUGUUGGCACUGACACCCUUGGAGCAACCGGUACUUUUACCGGUGUGGUUGUCGUUACCACCGACCAGGACUCGCUUUGGUUUGCCACAACAUCAACGAUUCCGCGUACCCCUACCCUCUACACCACGAUCAUCGAACUGACGGAUGAAGGCAUGAGUGCCGCCACUGACUUGUAUGAGAUAUUGAUCACCACCAACGAGGAUGGAAGAUGGACUACGCAAACCAGACACAUUGAACCGGAGGCGACCGAGUUCACGAUGGUUGUGUCUGAGGACGGCAAGGCCGUGACUUAUGCAGCUUUGGUCUCAUCGGAUGCGGAAGGAAACUGGUUUACUUCGAUUCGAGAAGUCGACCCUCUUUACACAUCGUACACCACGGUGUUUGAAUCAAACAGCGACCUCGUUACUGCUCUCGUGAUUAGAUCCACUGAUAGAUUUGGAGAGUUGUACACUUCGACAAUUAUUCAAGAACCACUCACGUUCACGCAGUACACCCAAUUGUACACAACCAUGAAUAGCCUUGGCUACGUCGAGACCAGAGUUGGUGAAUUUAUAGUCACCACGGAUGAUCGAGGAGUUUGGACCACGCAAGUGACUGAUCCAUCACCAACAGCGACAGGCUAUAUCUUGCCGUGGGUUAUAACAAACAGUAAUGGAGAUGUGAUUAGCGAGCAGCAUUCCAUCUUGGUGAGAACAAAUGUUUAUGGAAAUUGGUUCACUGGUGUUUACAAAAUGUGGACUACCUCCCACACGGAGACGAUUUUAAUCACAACCACCAAUCCCGAUGGAAGCAGCACUGUGGCCACUGUGCAUGAGAUCUUGACCACCGAUGAAAGCUCAAGCUGGUAUACCUCGACAACCACCAAAGUGGACGAGGCGACGGAGUAUACCUCUCUCUACUUUGAGACAAGCACAAAUGGUCAAGUCCAACCGACAAGCGUUUUCAAUAUCUUGGUGACCACGGACGCCGAGGGGAAUUUCGGAACUGCCACCAACAACAUUGACGCAAACACAAGAUUCACUACUCAAUACGAAGUGCCUGACCCCAGUGGAUUCACAGAGACUAUCAAUUUGGAAGUGCUUGUUACAAGCAAUGCCGAGAGUGGGUGGGUAACCCAGUUUUCGCGCUUGAGUUGGGUCACCAUGUCUAGUUACACCACCACAUUCGAAACCACUGAUCCGGACGGAGCAACAGCUACUGACUCGGCGUAUGUUGAAAUUGUCAUGGACCUUGAAUCUUCAACCACUACCAUAUCGUCCGUUUAUCCUCGACCAACGCCUACCGUGACAGGCGAAACGGAGGAGGUGUCAACUACAACAGAAGCAAGUCUUCUGAUCAACGCAGGAGCAUAUUACACUUUUUAUUACACCACUUACACUACCACGACCGACGAGUCGAGUGAGGUUGUUGAGACUGCUUACGUUGAGAUCAGUGCUGAUGAGAGUGGGCAGGUUGUAACCAGCACGCUGGUGCUCACAAACGGGGAACUGGUGAUCGAUGAAACCUCCUUGGAGGAAGUCACCUCCUACUACACCACUUACACUACCACGACCGAUGAGUCGAGUGAGGUUGUUGAGACUGCUUAUGUUGAGAUCAGUGCUGAUGAGAGUGGGCAGGUUGUAACCAGCACGCUGGUGCUCACAAACGGGGAACUGGUGAUCGAUGAAACCUCCUUGGAGGAAGUCACCUCCUACUACACCACUUACACUACCACGACCGACGAGUCGAGUGAGGUUGUUGAGACUGCUUACGUUGAGAUCAGUGCUGAUGAGAGUGGGCAGGUUGUAACCAGCACGCUGGUGCUCACAAACGGGGAACUGGUGAUCGAUGAAACCUCCUUGGAGGAAGUCACCUCCUACUACACCACUUACACUACCACGACCGAUGAGUCGAGUGAGGUUGUUGAGACUGCUUAUGUUGAGAUUAGCGCUGAUGAGAGUGGGCAGGUUGUAACCAGCACACUGGUGCUUGCUGCUGGAGCAAGUGAACUCUCAGAGGAGGAAACAAUUAACGGCGCAGAGUUGACCAUGGAAACACUAGCGGAAAGCAUCUACGAGAGCUUUGAUACAGUCGAGACCGAGGAAGUCACCUCCUACUACACCACUUACACUACCGCGACCGACGAGUCGAGUGAGGUUGUUGAGACUGCUUAUGUUGAGAUCAGUGCUGAUGAGAGUGGGCAGGUUGUAACCAGCACGCUGGUGCUCACAAACGGGGAACUGGUGAUCGAUGAAACCUCCUUGGAGGAAGUCACCUCCUACUACACCACUUACACUACCACGACCGACGAGUCGAGUGAGGUUGUUGAGACUGCUUACGUUGAGAUCAGUGCUGAUGAGAGUGGGCAGGUUGUAACCAGCACGCUGGUGCUCACAAACGGGGAACUGGUGAUCGAUGAAACCUCCUUGGAGGAAGUCACCUCCUACUACACCACUUACACUACCACGACCGAUGAGUCGAGUGAGGUUGUUGAGACUGCUUAUGUUGAGAUUAGCGCUGAUGAGAGUGGGCAGGUUGUAACCAGCACGCUGGUGCUCACAAACGGGGAACUGGUGAUCGAUGAAACCUCCUUGGAGGAAGUCACCUCCUACUACACCACUUACACUACCACGACCGAUGAGUCGAGUGAGGUUGUUGAGACUGCUUAUGUUGAGAUUAGCGCUGAUGAGAGUGGGCAGGUUGUAACCAGCACACUGGUGCUUGCUGCUGGAGCAAGUGAACUCUCAGAGGAGGAAACAAUUAACGGCGCAGAGUUGACCAUGGAAACACUAGCGGAAAGCAUCUACGAGAGCUUUGAUACAGUCGAGACCGAGGAAGUCACCUCCUACUACACCACUUACACUACCGCGACCGACGAGUCGAGUGAGGUUGUUGAGACUGCUUAUGUUGAGAUCAGUGCUGAUGAGAGUGGGCAGGUUGUAACCAGCACGCUGGUGCUCACAAACGGGGAACUGGUGAUCGAUGAAACCUCCUUGGAGGAAGUCACCUCCUACUACACCACUUACACUACCACGACCGAUGAGUCGAGUGAGGUUGUUGAGACUGCUUAUGUUGAGAUCAGUGCUGAUGAGAGUGGGCAGGUUGUAACCAGCACGCUGGUGCUCACAAACGGGGAACUGGUGAUCGAUGAAACCUCCUUGGAGGAAGUCACCUCCUACUACACCACUUACACUACCACGACCGAUGAGUCGAGUGAGGUUGUUGAGACUGCUUAUGUUGAGAUUAGCGCUGAUGAGAGUGGGCAGGUUGUAACCAGCACACUGGUGCUUGCUGCUGGAGCAAGUGAACUCUCAGAGGAGGAAACAAUUAACGGCGCAGAGUUGACCAUGGAAACACUAGCGGAAAGCAUCUACGAGAGCUUUGAUACAGUCGAGACCGAGAUCAGCUCUAGGCAGGCUGAGUCUUUGGAUUUUUUGGCAUCAUUGAGUGAGCUGGAGGAAGGACACGUGUUGACAUCGUAUCACAGUACAUAUGAGGCGACGAAAUCGUCGGAGCCUUUCGGUGGUGCAUCUGUCAUUGUCAUAGUGGAUGAAAAUGGAGUGACUAGCACCACAUCCAUUAUCGAGUCUUUGACCGAUGAAAGCAGCGGAGACGGGGAAUCAACAAAAUCUAUUAAUGUGGAGACUGUUGAUACUAUAAGCUCGAUGGAGAGUGCUCUGGUAGGCGUAGCUGGUGGGUAUCUUGUCACUUCUUCUUAUAUCAUCGUCUACCUGUUUAUUGAAAUCACAGCCCAGGGAUUGGAGUCGGCAUACGUUGAAGUUGUUGUCGAUAACGACGGCGCAACCACAACAUCUUCGUCCAUUAUUGGCAGAUCAACAAUCCUGAUUGGACCAGAUGAAACAGAAACAGUGAGCGAUGCAUUUGAUUCGUCGUUAGAGGAGUCAAUGGAGGAGUCAACAGAGGAAGCAACGCCUACUAGCGAUAACGGAUUCCAUGUCACUUCAUAUUUCACGACGUACUCAUUCUCGGAACUGAGCGAGGAAGGCUUGGAGUCUGCUUAUGUUGCAGUUAGCGUGAACAACGGUGGAGCAACGACAACUAGGACAUCGAUUCUUGGAAGGUCAACUGUUGAUCAUCUAUCGACUGGUUUGACUGAAUCUGGAUAUGGUUCCGACAUACCAUGGGAAGAGACUGACUCAGCACUCACCACAGAGAGUUUUACAACACCAGAAAGAACAAAUGUAGCUACAGGUUCCUAUAUUACUUCAUAUGUUACCCUGUACUCGUUCUUUGAAUUGAGCGAGCAAGGUCUUGAACUGGGUUUUGAACUGGGUUUUGAACUGGGUCUGGUUCUGGGUCUCGAAUCCGCAUAUGUUGUAGUGCGCCUCGAUGGAUAUGGUGAUACACGCACUUCAUCAUCAAUCAUUGGAAGAUCUACCAUAACGGGCGUUGCACAGGAAACUCUGAGCGAGUUGGACCUAACACUGAUGGCCGCUUUGGCUAGUUAUUUCACCACUUACACCGUCAUAGAGUCGGGCUACGAAGUUCUCGAGACUGCGUAUGUUGAAGUUAAUACUAAUGAGUCUGGAAGCACAUUAACUACGCCGCUGAUCCUCAAACAUCUGAGCAGCAUAACCGAUGGUGAUGGAAGUGAAACAACGGAAGAAUUGAAAAAUUCUACGGAGUUUGGAGACUUUGAAUCGAGCAUUACAGGAUUUGGGGAAACAACACUUGAAGUGUCGGAGAUGCUGGCGUACUGGGAGAGCGAAAGUGUAGAUUCCCAACCGGGUUAUGGUCUGGGUCUUGAGCCCACUCUGUCGGACUCAAUUGACGACAACGACGACGAUAACAUUCGCUAUAAAAGUUCAAUAACAGAGGCAGAGAGUUUUGAGUCCGAAAUGGGAACUGAAAUCGAAACUGAAGCCGAAACCGUCAAUAACAGCGCCGAGUCGGUUUAUGAGAGUGGAACAGAAAUUUUAACUAGUGGCGAGUUCCUAUCUAGUUAUGUUCUGGGUACACUGAGCGGACAAGGAGGACAAAGUUACGGGUUCAAUUGGAGCCUGCAUGGCGAAAACGGCCUUACUUCCGGUGUAACGUCAACGUCCAACCCUUCAGCUUCAGAUGAUACGACGCAACUGCAGCAUUCUGACGGUGGAGGAGAUUUUUCAGAAAGUCACGAAUCAUCAAUCGAUGAAAACUUGGAGUCGACUCUCUCUGAACAACUCGUUGAAACUCAAGAGAGCGGUUUUGAUUCCGAGUCGUUUGGCUGGUUCUCCCCUCUGGAUGAGGCAGCAGCAUCCACCGCAGGCUUCGAGGGAGAGCUGCAAACUGAUGAUUGGUCAUCUACACAGGUGGAUGAGCAAACAUUUAGCAUUUUCACUACUACAGACGAAAAUGGGGACCGAUCAACCGUUGUUGUUGAGAUAUUUGAGACGACACAUCUGGAUGGCCAGGUCUUGACCACGUCUGACGAGGUAAGUGCCGAUUUUACAACUUUCAUUGUUUCUCAAACACUAUCGGAGGACACGAUGCUUUUCACACAAGCAGUGUACGUCAUCAUAACCACUGACUCGGAUGGGGAGUGGCAAACUCAUUUCUUAGUCGAUGAGGCAAGCUAUUCGUUGCUUCCAGGUCAAGUGACUCUCACUCUGCCUGCUGUCCAGGAAUCAAUGGGAACAGAGGAUUCGCUAGCGACACCACUGGAUGCUCAGUUUGUGACUGUGUUGUCAACCACGGAUGAGCUCGGCGAGCCUACAAUGGCGUUGGUUGAAAUUUCUGAGGUCACCGACGAAAAUGGCUCUGUUGGCACAACUACGACGUACCCAGUUCCCCCCGUGGAGACGGCGAUGACGAUACCUUGGGUUCAAUCCUACGAGAGCACUACUAUCACACAAGGGGUCUAUGUUGUAAUCACAACUGAUUCUGAUGGAAAUUGGACAACUCGUUUUUCCAUUGACAAGCUUUUCACGUCAAUAGAGCAAGCAAUGACUGUGUACGUUUCAAUUGAUAUCCUCGGAGAGCCAAAGACGACGAAGUUGCUUGAAAUUUCUAAAGUUACGGACGAAAAUGGAUCAGUCCUGACCACCACUUCGUAUCCUGACGUUUCCGCGCUGACUACAGUGGUUGUGCCUUGGAUCAGCUCGGAUGAGAGCACUACUAUUACACAAUCAGUUCAUGUCGUUAUCGGAACAGACUCGAAUGGAGAAUGGGUGACGCUGUUCUCGAUCGAUGCAGCGUUGCCUUCUUCCACAGAUGCGCACAGUAUUGGUAUUACCAUUCACACGGAGACUUCUAUAGUUGUUUUCACCUCCAUUGAUAGCCUCGAAUCACCCACGACGAUAUUGGGUGCAGUUUCCGAGGUCACGGAUGCAAAUGGCUCGAUUGUGACUACUACCUCACCAUUCCCCAUGGCAUUUACUUCGAUAAUUGUCCCCUGGAUUGACUCGGAACCAAGUGGCGCGGCCGUGACUCAAGCGAUGCACGUUGUUGUUACGACAGACCCGGACGGAGAAUGGACGACUGUUUUUUCAAUUGAUGAAUCCAGGUACUCCUUGUUACCAGACGGUUUUGCUGCGUCUUCAGUGGACUCUGGUGUCGCUUACAGUGGAGCAGCAGCUGGACCGCUGGCAACAAGCUCAAGUAUUUCAGAGUCUCAAAACACUUCACAAGAAGCUGGUGCUACGUUCUUUAGUUUACCAGAUUCUGUUUCUGGUGAAGUUGAUUACGGGGAAACGUUAUCCCCUGAUGAAUCCACUUGGAGGCAAAGCUCAUCACCCUCUGACUGGCCGAUUGUUGAGUCGCCAAAUGUGGAAAGGUCAAGCAGCCUCCUGGGAGUCUUGUUGAGCGAGAUCUUUGGUGGAGAAGGCACGAGUGUUGCAGACCCAGUGGACGUGGAGUCUGAAACUCAAGUGGAUGAUGGUGAUUUCAAUAAUGCAAACUCAAAGAAGAUACCUGGUUUCUUAGUAUUGCUCAGUUCCUUGUUACACUUGUUGGUGCAGUAA